UUUUGGUCGGAUACAAAAUUGUUAUUUCUUAUUAUUUUUUUUUUUUGCUUGAUCUGUUGUUACAGUAAACGAGUUUAUUCUGAGACAUUUUACCACCUGAAAGGCAAAAUGCGGGGGGAAGGAAAAACGAACCCCCUCAUAGUCGACGGUUGUUAAAACAUAGUGACGGGUAUUGUAUACUUUUCCAAGCGACAGGGUAAACCAUCUUAGGCCAUUUAUGCAACUAAAAUACGUUAAUCGAGAACAGAUUGAACACAAAAAGGAAGAAAUGUUUUACCAUAUAUCUUUGGAACAUGAAAUUUUACUUCACCCCAGGUAUUUUGGUCCCAAUCUCUUAAAUACCGUGAAGCAGAAGCUUUUUACCGAAGUGGAGGGCACUUGUACCGGAAAGUAUGGUUUUGUCAUCGCAGUCACUACCAUAGACAACAUCGGGGCAGGAGUGAUCCAGCCCGGCAGAGGUUUUGUUCUGUAUCCAGUCAAGUACAAGGCAAUUGUGUUCCGGCCAUUUAAAGGGGAGGUUGUGGAUGCUGUUGUGACUCAGGUUAACAAGGUUGGUUUGUUCACAGAAAUUGGGCCCAUGUCAUGUUUCAUCUCCCGUCAUUCCAUCCCCUCAGAAAUGGAGUUUGACCCAAACUCUAACCCACCAUGCUAUAAGACAGUUGAUGAGGACAUUGUGAUCCAGCAAGAUGAUGAGAUCAGGUUAAAGAUUGUAGGAACACGAGUCGACAAAAAUGAUAUCUUUGCCAUUGGAUCUCUGAUGGAUGACUAUCUAGGUCUUGUGAGCUGACCUGUUGGAGGAGGCAACAUUUGUGUAGUCUCAAUGCACUCUCUGACUCUGUUUUAUAAGGGGUGAUUAAGGCUAUUUUUUUUUUGUAGAAAUGUGAUAACUAUGGUCUUAUGUUAUUGGCAAUCCACAUCUAUUCCCGUCAUCACUGUGAUGAGUCACUUUAUUUUUAGUUUUCAGUGUUUUUUUAAGUGGUCAUAUGAACCGCUUAUUGAAAUUAUUUUUAGUUUUUAUUUUGUAUUAGUUUUAUAUAAUUAACAAGGUUUACUCAUGUUAUUGGCAACCUCUAUUUCUGUCAUCACUGUUAUGUCACUUCGUUUUUAGUUUUCAGGUAUAUCUGUUUUUCCACAGUCAUAGUUUGUAAAAUGACCCAAAGGCCAUAAUAAAACAAUUUUGCUUUA